AUGCCUCCCGGGAUCCCAACUGCCCCCCAGGGAUCCCAGCUUCUUGCCCCAGGAUCUCAAGCACCCCCCAAGGAUCCCCAACUGCCCACCAGGGAUCCCAACUACCCCCAAGGUCCCAACUACCCGCAAGGGAUCCCAGCUACCUCCCAAGGAUCCCAACUACCCCCGGGAUCCCAGCACACUCCCAGGAUCCCAACUACUUACACUCCCAGGGAUCCCAACUGCACCAAGGAUCCCAACCCUCCCAGGAUCCCCAACUACUCCCAAGGAUCCCAACUUCUGCUCCCAAGGAUCCCAGCUACCCCUCCCAAGGAUCCCAGCAACUACCCCUCCCGGGAUCCCAACUACCUCCCAGGAUCCCAACUACCUCCCAAGGAUCCCCAGCUAACCCCAAGGAUCCCAAGCUACCCCCAGGAUCCCCCUUCCCCCAAGGAUCCCAACUACCUGGGAUCCCAGCUACCUCCCAAGGAUCCCCCAACUACCUCCCGGAUCCCCUUCACCUCCCAGGAUCCCAACUACCUCCCAAGGGAUCCCAGAUCCCAGCUGCCUCCCAAGGAUCCCACUUCACCUCCAAGGAUCCCAACUACCUCCCAAGGAUCACAACUUCACCUCCCAAGGAUCCCAACUAACCCCAAGGAUCCUGCCCCAAGGAUCCCAACUACCUCCCAAGGAUCCCAGCUUCACCCAGGUCACAGCCCACCUCCCAGGAUCCCAGCUACCUCCCAGGAUCCCAACCUAACCCCCAAGGAUCCCCAACUACCCCCAAAGGACCCAACUACCUCCCAAGGAUCCCAGCUACCUCCCAAGGGAUCCCCCAACUACCUCCCAGGAUCAAACUCCAUCUGGGAUCCCCAACUAACUAGGGAUCAACUGCCUCCCAGGAUCCCAACUAACCCCAGGAUCCCAACUACCCUGGAUCCCAACACCCCCCAAGGAUCCCCAACUACCCCCAAGGGAUCCCAGCACCACCCCCAGGAUCUGGCUACCCCCAGGAUCCCAACUGCCUCCAGGAUCCCAACUACCCCAAGGAUCCCAGCUACCUCCCAAGGAUCUCCAGCUACCCCCCAAGGGAUCCCAACUACCCCAAGGGAUCCCAACUGCCUCCCAGGAUCCCAACUGCCUCCCGGGAUCUCCUUCUGCCCCCCAAGGAUCCUGACACCCGCAAGGAUCACAACUACCCCAAGGAUCCCAACUGCUCUUUGGGAUCCCCAACUACCCCCAGGAUCCCCAACUACCCCCCAAGGAUCCCAACUGCCUCAAGGGAUCCCCUUUUGGGAUCCCAACUGCCUCCAGGGAUCCCAGCUACCUCCCGGGAUCCCCAGGAUCCUUCGGGAUCCGUUCUCCCAGGAUCUUUCUGUCCCAGGAUCUCAACUACCCCAAAGGAUCCCAGCUGCCCCCAGGGAUCCCAACUGCUUUGGGGAUCCCAGCUACUCCAGGGAUCCUACGAUGCUACUCAGGACAGCUUCCUCCCAGGAUCCCAGCUACCUCAGGGAUCUCUGUCCCAGGGAUCCCAACUACCUCCCAGGGAUCAGCUACUGA